ACAAAGUUCCAUCACUAAGCCCCUCCACCGCAUUCGAUAGUUGGCAGCAGCAGUCGAGUGUCAUCACCGGCACAAAUUAUGCUUUUUUCCAACAGUUCAGUCUUCCCAAAAAAUAUUUCACUAUUUUUUUUAUAGUGCUGCCUUGUAGGCUUUCUUGUUGUCUAGUUUAUUAAAGCAAAUUCAACCCGCAAAGUGCUCUCCAACGUAUUUUAGUGUUGUUAUAACUGUGAUCUUGCGACUUGCCUGCAUGUGCAAUGUGAAAAUGCCCCGUCCUUGGCAUAAAUUUCGGGAGGCUGUUAUUGGACUCUACUUGUUGGGAAAAUAAAAGCGAUUUCCCAUAGCAUCGCAUUUUGGAGAAGCCGCAGCUGUUCCAUUGCGGCAGGUGCAGCGGCACGAACUCACACACGCAUACAUACAUACCUGCAUUUACCUAUUCCACCCGUCCGUCCAAUAACAAUAACAACAACAAUAAUGGCUGGCACUGCGACCGCGACGCCAAUGGAAAUUGAUGAAUUUGUAAAUUCGUCCAUAAUUUCUUGGCUGGAAUCAUGUCUGCCACGUGCCGAGCUUCUCGCCGGAUACACCUCCCUGCUGGAUGGCCACAUAAUCCACAGCGUUUGGCUGCAGAUCGACCCUGAGCCGCAGAAUAAUCCCAGCGAGCUGAACGAUCUUAACGGAAAGUCUCUCAGCAUCGCUAGGGCCAAGAACUUCGAGUGCGUUGUGAGGAAUCUAAAGUGUUUCUUUGAGGAGGAGCUAGGUCAAACCAUACUGGUCCUACCAGAUGCCUUCACCCUGGGUCAUCAUCCGGAGAGUAAAAACGGACUCGAACAGAUGAAGACCUUGCUGACCCUGCUCCUCGGUGCAGCUGUGCAAUGUCCCAACAAGGAACUGUUUAUUGCUCGCAUCAAGGAACUGGACUUAGAAACCCAGCACGCUAUUGUAGGACUCAUCAAACAGGUGACCGACAGCCACAGUUUGGUGCUCACCGAGGACUCCUUGGAACGACUAACGCCACAGAGCAUGUACACGCACAUCCUGCGCUUGACAAAGGAGCGGGACGUCAUGUAUCUCAAGUGGAUCGAUUUGGCGUGCGUGGAGACCGAAAUGGCAGCCAGCGACAAUUUGGUGGAGUGUGGCCAAGGUGUCAGCGUCUCACGUUCUCCUUCAAACGGAACUGCCACCUCAACACCUUCAUCCUCUUCCAAUUCGGAAAGUAAUCACCUUGCAGUAGAAUGUGCCGAUCUCCGUUCAAAGAACCGCAAGCUGCGUCAGGAACUCGAGGAAAAGUCCGAGAAUCUAUUGGAGCUACGUGAGGAGUUGGAUGACAAGAAGGCGCGGUUUGACAAGCUGCGUCAGGAAAGUCAGGAAUGGUUCACGGAGGCCAAGCGGGCAUCUGCAUAUCGUGACGAGGUGGACAUCCUCCGGGAAAGGGCUGAAAGAGCUGAUCGCCUGGAGGUGGAAGUUCAGAAGUACCGCGAGAAACUCGGAGACUCUGACUUUUAUAAAUCGCGCGUUGAGGAACUGCGGGAGGAUAACCGUGUGCUGCUUGAAUCCAAGGAAAUGCUGGAGGAGCAGCUGCAGCGCUACCGAAAGAGGUCUGAACAUGCCAUCUCCCUGGAAUCCGAGAUCAUUAAAUACAAGCAGAAACUCAACGACAUGGCUCUCGAACGGGAUGUAGAUCGCUCCAAGCUAGAAGAGCUGCUGGAGGAGAACGCGCAACUGCAACUGGUAGCCAGGAAUCUCAACUCAACGAUGGAUUUGGAUAAAUCCUUUUCCGAAAACGAAGACGAUUGCAACUCAGGUGACAAUAGCCUUUCGGAACAGCUAACAAACAAUGCUCAAACCCGUGCACUGAAGCUCGAGCUGGAAAACCGUCGUUUGACUGCCGCCCUGGAACAGUUAAAAGAAAGUAGCUUCCACGAGUCCACCAGCAAGAUGCUAGAACUGGAGAAGGAAAAGAAAAAGUUGUCUCUUAAAAUUGAACAGAUGCAAGAAAACAUACAGCGUCUGACUCAGCAGAAUGUGGAACUGGAAGGGGUAUUUAAAAAUGCCCUUGAGGAGAACAAAAAAUUACAGGAUGCCGUGGAUAAUCGCCAAAAGAGCUACGAUCGACAGAGCCUGGAACGCGAGGCUGAUCGUCAAAAGCUUUCGGAUGCCGAGCAACAUGUCGAAACCCUAAACAAGGAAAAGCAACGCAUCCAAACCCUCAAUGAAAGCAUUCAGCGAAGAGCCGACGAUCUUGAACGGUUGGCGGAGAGCAAGACAAAGGAACUAGAGCAAUACUUGGAAAAAUCAAAGCAAUACGAGCUUACUAAACAUAAGCUCUAUGAAAUCGAAGCCAAGGUCUCCACAUACGAGCGCGAAAACGCCAGCCUGCUUAAGGAAGUGUCCAAACUGAAGGAGGGCAGCGAGCAAAAGUCUGUGCAGCUGGACGACAGUAUUAAUCGACUCGAUGUACAGAGCAAGGAACUGCAAAAACUGGGUAAAGCACUCGAAGAUUCGGAGCAAGUGCAUCAGAAGCUUGUGGAACUGGAAAAGCAAAACCAAGAGCUAGCUUCGCAGCGCAUCAUUGAUCAAGAGAUGAUCAGCACUCUUCGAAACGACUUGGUCACCGGUACUCUAGUAACGAAGAAAGUGCGCAACAACUUGGAAAAACUGGGACUGGCGGACGAAGAGCCCGGUGAGCUGAAUGUGGAGCAUGUGGUGGAAAAACUGGUGCGCAACCCAGAGACUUUUAAAACGGUUCGCGAGAUAAUGCUGAACGUGACCCGAGAGCAGCUGGAUGAGGAGGAGCGAGAAGGUGGCGUUAAGUCCGACAUGUGUGUGCUUUGUCACCGUCAGGAGAUCUUUACUGUGGAAAAGAACAUUGAACUCGCAGCUACUCCAGCUCCUGCACCAACGCAACCUUCUUCGCAGGAACUUCGCUUUGAGCACAAGCUACGUCUAAGUCCAGCACGAGAAUCAGCAGAGCUGACCCGUAUUAAGGAUUCUAACACUCAGCUCCAGACGGAGAAUGCUCGUCUCAGCGUGGACGUGGCUGCUCUGGGCUCGCAAAUAACUUCGCUGAAUACCCAGCAUGUAGCCCUACAGCUGGCAAACUCCCAGUUGGCUGCCGAAAAGGACACGCUGCUCAAAGAUAUCGAUUCACUGCAGCAGGAGCAUAAACAUGCUUUGCAGGAUCAGGUUACGUUGCAAUGCCUGCAUGAUCAACUCUCCGCGGAGUACGAGUCUCUGAACAAAGACAAGGAACAGCUGAAGGCUGCAGUGCGGGAUUUGCGCCAGGAGCUGCGGGAUACCCGUGAACAGCAGUCGGCAUUGGAGCAACGCAUUGAGGAGUUGACCACUCAAAACAACAACAUGAAAACAUGCAGCGAGGAUCUGUCAAUCCUGCGUACCGAGCACUCCAAGCUGACAGACGACUUUCGCAAUCUUUUCGCCACCAGCGAUCGCUUUAAGAACGAAUAUAAAAACAUCCAGGAGCAGUAUAAGAUGGUACGCAUGGAGCAUUCCAGCCUGAAGCUACAAAACACUGAGCUCUCCGGCGAGCUAAAUGCCAAGAGCGAUCAAGUCCGUUGCCUGCAGAUGGAAUACAGCAAGGUUCAGCAGCGUUGUGAGAUGUUGAUUCAAAACAAUGCUGAACUGGACUCGGAGCGCAAGGCUCUGAUGGACAAUGUGUCACAAUUGCUCUCCCAAUAUCAAGAACUUUUAGCCAUAUCCCUGGAGGACAAAAAGCACUUUCAUGAGGAGGAGAAGAACUAUACCGAACGGGUGCACAGCCUCAAGCGCCAGAAGGAAAAGCUGGAGGAGAAAAUUAUGGAGCAUUACAAGAAGUCAGAGACCACAGUGCACAAGAAAAAACCGUUUGCCAGCAUGCUAGUUAGAAGGGUAAAGAAGGCUAGCUCGGAUCUGAUGAACAAAGUGCCCAGUCGAAACCGUCGCUCUUGGGUAGAUGACGCCCGUACCAAUUCGCAGUUCGUGAUCGGUUCCGAGUCAGGCGGCAAUGAGUCGGAUAAUAGCAAUGAGGAGCCACUGUCGAUUGCCUCCGACACGCACCUGCUCCAGAGGAAUGUUCCGCUCCGCCAAAGUUUGCAGCGGGAUUUGCUGGAUAACUCGAUCCAACGCGGCGGCGCCGUGCGCAGUAGCCUGCAGGCUCAGAAACGUACGGAUUUGAAUAACUCACGUAGAAAUAGCGUGCACGGCAGUCUUGAAGCGCCAGACGUGACAGGCAGCAGUCUGACCCUCGGAACGGCCGGCUCUCGACGCACUGUUUAUCUUAUCGAUGAACAUCAGAAGCUUCCCGAUGGCUCCACUCCCGGCGCCGCACAGUCACAGUCUGGUGGCUGCAGUAGCUCCGGCAAUGCCGCAACUCCUACGCCCGCAGAACCUCAGACGCCUCAGAAGAGUACCGAAAACAGUGCUCCGGUGGGUCCGGCCACUUUUCUGAUGUACAACCGGAUAAACACCACGAUCGGAGGAUCCCCGAGCAGCGGGGACCAGAGCCCUCUGCUGCAGGCCAGCGGCAGCGUUUCGGGAACGACCAUGCAGGAUGACAAGUCGGCAAGGAAGCGGACUGAAGACAAGAGCAAUAGCAUCUGGUAUGAGUACGGCUGCGUCUAAAACAUUCAAACAGUAUACGUCCACAACAUGAACUCGAAUAUAAUGCAUUUGCUGACGAAGUAUUAUUUCGUUUUAGAAAUUAACGAAUUUAUUUUUAAACGCAUUAGAACAUCGAUGUUGCCUUAAGCAAGUUACAUAUGUAAAUGUAAAGUGCUGCUUAAACCGCUAUGAUUUGCCUUAAGAAAUGUUUUACAAUUAGAUUAUGUACUAUACUAUAGUUUGUACCUAUUUAUGCAAUAUAAAAACUCCACAAGACUACGCGACAACUAUGCGAACAUAUAACUAUCCAGUAUACACCCCUAUAUACACAAAACUAUAAAGAAAUAUGUUAAACAUUAGCUGUACCGGCCUCAAUGUACGUCCUAAGCAAAAGGCUUUCUUUUUCGCUGAUAAGACAAGAUAAAUAUUUAUAUCCGUUCAUUUGGUGUUUUGUAAACUCGACUCGAAUCUAUGUAUUCCUAGAUAUGUUGUAAAGCACACUCGUACUCUGCUCUCAGCUAACCAACGCGCCUUUAAUUUGUGAAUAUAUUUUUAUAAAUUACUUGUAGCCUAGUACUAUUUAUUGACGCAAAGCCUAACACCGCAAUAAAACUAAGCAAACAUACA